UCAACCUAUCUAUACGUACUAUUUUAAUAGUAAUGUGUUAACAGCCAAUGUGUAUUAUAUGACCGUUGCCUCCUGUUUAAGUUUAUUGCAAUGACGUUUGUUUUGUAUUCUAAUUAUUAGGUGGAAAUUGUGAGCUACGAUGGUAUCUUUAACCUAGCCUAGAUUUUAGUCAGCUGCUCUGCAGUGCAAGCUAGCUUGACUUGCUAUAAAGGUCGAGAAACAAGUUGAGGAAAAUGUAACUAAACAAAACAUGUUUUAUUAUUACCAGAAACAAUAUAUUUAUCCUGUCUUGAAUGAACAGAUCAUAUUUUGCAAUAUUCCAAAAUAAAAGUGAUCUCUGACAAGAGACAGGCUCUUCUCCAGCUUGAAUUAAAAACUCUACACUUUUCAGUUGAGGGGCAAGACUCCAUAAAGAUGAAAGAUAAGUCACGUAAAAGGGGCAUAAGUUUCUGAGUGACAGAGUGAGGGCGUUGCAUAGGAGCUUUGUUGCGUUUUGUUGUGGGACUAGAAAAAAAUGCCUGGAACAUAAAAGAAAGCCAUCAACCGGUUCCCAUGCUUUUAAAAACAAUGGGUGAGUACGGAGCGGCUGCGAGCCCAGUCCCGUGUUGCAGCUAAGAGUAGGAGGGAGAGAGAGAGACGUUUGUUUGGGGAGCUGGCAGCAUGGCUACCUCUGCCCUCUGGUCUGACUGGCCACAUAGACAAGGCUUCUAUCUUCAGACUCACACUGGACUACCUGCGUCUGAGAGCGCUGCUAGACCAUCGAGACAAUGUCACACCAGAGACCAGGGUCUGCUCUGACACAGUCCACUUCACCAUGCACGGCCGAUACCCAAUGGCUGGGAUUUUCUCUGUGGAGACAGUGCUGGAGUCUGCUGUUGGGGGUUUCAUGCUCUUGGUGUCUCAGAACGGCCAAGUUAUCUUCACUACAGGGGACAUAAGAACACACACUGGCAUCAACCAGAUGGAUCUGAUUGGUAGGAGUCUGUUUGACUUCAUGCACCACUGUGACCAGAGGGAAGUCAGAGAUAUCCUCUCAAAAAUGAUAGCUACUGAGAGACAACAGCAGUGUGACUUCCUCCUCCGUGUGAAGAGCACUCUGACCUCUCAGGGUCGAGCUGUCAACCAAAGACACACACGAUGGAAGGUGAUUCACUGCGUUGGGAUUAAGAAACAAUCUCACCUUCCAGAGUCAGCCUGUCUUGUCCUAAUGUGCCGACCCUUACCCAUCUCACAAUGCAUCAUCAGGGAUGCCAGCUUGAAUCACAAGACCUUCCUGAGCGGACAUCACCCGGACAUGAGGUUCACCUACUGCCAUUCAGGUGUCAAGGAGCUGACUGGAUAUACAGAAACAGAACUUCUGGGCCAGUCUGUGUAUCAGUAUUACCACACAUCUGACUGCCAGCACAUUCACAAAGCACACCAGAGCUUGCUCUCUAAGGGACAGGCUACCAUGGGCAGGUACCGUCUGCUGCUGAAAGGUGGUGGGUAUGUGUGGGCAGAGACGGAUGCAUCGGUGGUGUACAACAACCGGACUGGGCAGCCCCAGAGUGUCGUCUGCAUCAACUACAUUCUAAGUGAGGUGGAGCUACCAGAGAUGUUGUUCUCACUGCAGCAAACAGAACCUCUACUGAGGCCCUGUUACUCUGAUCUUGUGGGGCCCAUCCUGCAGAAUGAGACCUAUCCUGCAGCAGAGACAGCUGUUCAUCUACGCAACACAAAAAUACCAACUCCAGAACACAACAACAAGAUCCAAACCUAUGAGGGAUAUUCAGAGCUCAACCGAGAGGAUCAAAUGAACAUUAACUCACUCUCUGAACUAUGUGAGCUGGACCUGGACUCGUUGGCUCCAUACAUACCCAUGGAUGGAGAAGACUUCCUCCUCACUCCAGUUUUAGAUGGGAUCUUGGCCAUGAUAGAAGGUCCUGUUCUUCCACCUGGUUUGGAAGGCCAUUGUUCCUCGGGGAAGUCCCCUAUAUCUGCUGGUUCUUUCACCACACAUCAAAUGAAAACCUUGCAGAUAGAGCCCCCCUGUGACUCAGGCGCGUCACAUACAGUCAAAGAGUCAGAGUUCGGGGACCAUAUGAAGUCAGUCUAUAGAGGAGGCAGUGCUCUAUUCAAGGAGGGCCCUGACCAUGCCGGAUUGGAGGGCCUUGUCCCGAACGAACAGUGGAGUGAGAAACACAAGUCCUGUAGACAUCCACAGGCACUUAUGGCUGCUGCUGCUUGGCUGCCUUACCGGACCGUGGAAUAUUUCCCCAUUCACCCACAAGAUGGAUCCACUUGCUUGUGUGGAUCACCAUCAAGGCAAGUGUUGUGGAAAUACACACAGCAGCCCAAAAUCCCAAGCACAGGCCCUCAGCCACCUUCCAAUCAUAUAGACGAGAUGUCAACAUGCCAUGUUCCUUUCAGCUUGCCAGUACUGAGCAGGCUGGACUGUGAGGUCACACUGGGGCCAACCAGCUGCCUGCUUCAGGGGUCAGAGAUCACCUCCUUCCUGGACCAGGCCCCCUCCAGAUUCUUACACAUGACAACAUGGGGCAUAAAUCAGCUCUCCACCCAAUAUGCCCAUCCUUGUUACGCACCCAGAUCAGCUAUUGAAGUCAGCUCUGGCACAUCGACAUCAUAUGCUGAAUGGAUAACAUGAACUUGAUUAUCCCACGAAUUGUGCCAAUCUCUCCUGAACUAGGCCUAUAAUUGUGACUUUUACUGGCAAUUUAACUAACAAAUGUGGAUACAGCACUUAAUUACAAUGAUCAAUAUUAAAACUGUUGACUUUG